AUGGCAAUAGAAUUUUGCUCAAGGAAAGGAAAAUUCUACUCACUCAAAGCUGAUAAAAAUCCUCUGCCUGUGUCGGGCAGACUGAGACGUAUCUUAGCGAAUCUAAGAGCACCGAUUGAUUUGACUAAUGUCUGUGAACCACGUGAAGACACAAAUUCAAAAAUUAGAACGGAGACAAAAAGUAGGCUUGUUUCACAUUUGAAGAGCAGACCUCGUGCCUAG